AAUGUAAAUUACAAGUAAAAUUAAAAUUUUAAUAAAUUAUUUUAAAUUAUAUCUUGUAGAACUAUAGAUAGUAAGCAUUUUUUAUGAUUCAUGUUAAGGUAGAAUUGUAACUUUAAUAUGGCUUCUUCGGAUUCAAUGUUUUUAUUUGAGUUCAUUGUUGAAAAAUUUAGGAGCGGCUUAGAUUCUGAAACCAUUUAUUUCAAGGCCAACUUCAAGGACGUGUUUGAUAUCUCUUUGGACAUUCAACGUGAAAUCAAAACUAAGGUAAAAAGGAAGAAAACUAAAAUUAGAACUAUUAAAUCUGAAGAAGAGUCGCAGCAGAAAGUAUCGUUAACUAAGAUUAAAACAGGAGGGUCAAUAUUAAUCAGCAUGAUACCGCAGCAACUUAUAAAUAGUAUGUUUAACAAUGAAUUAGAAGUAUCUCUGUGGAAUAAAAAUUUAAAUAAAAAGCUCGGUUCACUGAUGAUUCCUUGGACACAGUCAUAUUUAAACUAUAUAUCAGCUUUAGAAUACGAUCAAAAUAAGCUACCUGUUUCUGUGAGAAAAGUAUAUACCAUAUGCAAUAACUUCAAGAAAAAAAUUGCUUUAGUAAAAUUGAAAGUAAGGCUUUCUUAUUUCGAAGCACAAAGAAAUAACGAACUAAUACCAAAGUCUCUUGCAUAUUAUGUAACAAAGUCAUCACAGCUAAAUUCUGAUAUAAAUAAAAUUGAACAAACAUUAGAUAAACAGCAUGGCGUUAUCAAAACAACAUAUAGUGGAAAUAAAGUUGUGAAAAGCAUAAAAACAAAUAAAGAUUACAAAUCAAAGCUUAAGCCAAUUUUUAAUAGUCAAAGUACUAAAUAUUCUGAGAAUAAGGAAAAGGUUAUAGAAGAAAAUAUAAUUUCGGAGGAACAAGCAAAAGAUUAUGCGAAAUCGGAGAAGAUAAGAAAUACAAAAGUUCUGAGCAAGUCAAAAUCUUUGACAAAUAUUGAAAAAAACCGUUAUAAGCCCGUGCAUUACAUAUUUGGCGACCCAAAGGGGCAAUUUGGAGGCAAGACAUACUGUGUGAACUAUUUUACUGUAGAAAGAGAUUUAUCAAACCAAACAUCUAAAUCUUCUAUAACUGACAAAUCUCCAUCGAAUAAAUCAAUCCCAUCCAAAGCCAAGUUUAAAUUUAAGCCGUGUGAUAGCGAAUGUCAAGUUAUGAAAAACAGAUCGGGUUCUUGUCCAGCAAGUACAUGUACGUUAGACCUUCCUGAGGAAGCUGCUCCUUUAAUUAGUAUAGCGAAAUGUAAACAGGUAGUUUGUGAUAACAAACAGCACAGAGUACUUCCACCACCAGCAGAUGAUCAAAUUUUACUAGAUCUAUCAAGUUUGCAAAGAGAUUGUUGUGAUCGAACAGAUAUGACCGAAAUGGUUCAAGAGGUAGUUGGUGGUAUGACAGCUAAGAUGAAAGUUGGUAAAGACCCUUGCUAUUGUUCGUGUGAAUGCAGAUUUGGGUUUAUGAAAAAAACGACAUACUGCGGAGUAUGUGGCGGUUACGAAAUGAUUGGAGAAGAAUUAGCAGGUAAACAGAUAAAAGAAGUAUUUCCAUGUCCUUUCUAUCAUAAACUUAUUGAUAAGAAUAAGUUGAAAACAUUGAGCAUUUCUGGAAGUGACAGUAAGAAGAAAGGUGACGAUGUAAGUGUAAAAGCGAUGAAAGUAAGUUCAAGCCAGAAAGCAACAGCAUCUGAAAAACGCACCCCUACUCAAACAUCAGCUGUUACUGAAAAAAAAAGCGUUGAAUCCGAAAAAGAUAGCAAAAAAAGUAAAAAGAAAAAGAAAGAUGAUCGAUUUAAAUUCAAUUACGGCUAUAAAGGUAUACCUCCUCAAAUUGGACAUAGUAGAUGUGCAUUUCCUUGUACUGGCACGCUGAAUAAUGUGCCGAAAAAGAUGGGUUGGCUCUGGACUGCUGAAGAUGUACCAGGAAUGAAGUUUCGCCCAGGCUGGAAACCUGGUGCCACUAAUAAACACGUGGUUAGAUUACUUAGAAUGGCAAGAAAUCCGGGUGAAGUUUUGCUACCUAAAAAGAAAAGACGAGAAGCGUCAAAGAAAAAACCUUUAUUGCGCCCUCUUCUUAUAGUUCACAAGAAAGAGGGUGAAUUCACGGUAACAAUGGAAACUAUGAAGACUUACGCUAAGCCCAGAGCUGUUAAUCAAUGUCCUUAUGAAGAUAAACCCGUUCUCACAUAUACAAUAGGAAGAACUGAAGAAGAGAAUCAAGAAAGAAAGAAGAAAAAAGCGCGAGAACAAAGGCGACUUGAAAGAUCACAACGACAGUUUAUUCAAAGCGCAUUUAAAGAUAUGUGCCGUGAAAUUUGCUUGAAAACUUACCAACAGGCAUUGGGUAUCCUACCCGACGCGGAGGACCCCGAAUGUACUUGCUACCCUGCUUUACCGUCAGCAGACAGAACUAAUUUAGAUAUUUCGUGUUCUUGCUCUCAGGAUGAAUCUUCUAUUGGAUCUGAUACAGAUUCCGAUGAAUGGAUAGUAGAGUUUACACCUCCAUGUGCUACGUUCAAACCUACUUCGAAAGCCAAAAAAGUAACUAAGUCAGAUAACAGCACCCAGUACACUUACUUGGAUUACAGAGUAAAAUUACUAGAUCGAUUGGGUAACCCUGUUCCUAGGUACUUUAAAGGACCAGAUGGUAAACAACAAUGUAGUGACUUAGGUGGUUUUUGGGGACCAGAUAAAAAAUGGCUUACUAUUAAUAUUGAUGGGUAUGUAGCGCCUGAUGGACGUUGGGCUCCUAAUUACUUUAUUGGGCCAAAUGGAGAGAAUGUCGAAGGUGCAGCUGGAAAAUUCCAAUCCGCUAAUAAUAACUGGUUAGUGGUUGGUGUAGAUGGGUUCGUAGACUGUCAAGGUAGAUGGAGAUUCUAUCCGAAACCUAGAGGAAUGCUGCCCGACAAAAAACUUCAAGAUUCCAAGAAAAAAGGCACCCGUCCUGGUGCUACCGACAAAAAGAAUAAAGAAGACAUGGCUGCUUUGAAAUCUGAAGCGAGCUGGAGUUGCUUUGGCGGUGCAUCGGCUACAGAACUAUCAAAAUUAGGCAUCGUUGGUCAUGGUCACGACAAAAAGUUACUUUUGACAGCCUUAAAGGAAUUGCUGGCCCAAGGAGAAAAUGUUAAGAUACCUCAACCAUCGACAGUUUACCGUCUACCACCUUCCAAGAAGCGUCGAAGGAUGCCAACUAAACAGUCUCGGAGUCCCUAUGAAGAACGGUCAAAAUGCACGCACUCUCUGCCAUCGGGCAAGGGUAUAGUAGCAGUAGAUGAUCAGGGAAACAAAACUUACUUCCGCUUAAAAGGAGGUAAAAACGUAAGGCCUAAACAAAGGCUGAAGGAACUAACAAGACGUGGUAUAAGUUUGAGUUCUUUCCAUGUUCCGUGCUUACGCUCAUUUAUAGGUACAGAGCUGAUGAAAAAACAGCAGAGGGCACGCUUAAUAGCCCUGUCGACUAAGAACGCUGGCACUCAAAAAUAAUAAGGGAGUCGCAUAUUAAUUGUGUCCAAGAUAAUGUUUUAAUGUAAGAUUGUGUGUGGCGAUGUUGUAUAUUAUUUUGUAUUUGGUAUUGUACUAAGUUAAAUUUUGUAACGUUUAUAUAAGAUUAAGUGUCAUAAUGUUAGUAAAUUAUAUCCGUU